AUGAAAGCACUUGGGCGGGAAGAUCACAGUUUCCAAGGCUGCCUUGGAUGUGAUGUUUGGUCCCUCCCAUUUCACCGCUCUUUCACCUCUCGACCGAAUCGACAGGCGCUAAAGCGUCAAAAGGGCAUAACAACCAAAGGCUGUAUCUGUGCCUAUGGCGUGACUGCAACUGACCCGACCAUCAUGACAACAAUCUACAUUGUCCUCUGCCAACUGAGCAUUUUACGCGUAGUUUCAUACAUAUUUGCCGUGAUCCUCCGGGAAAUUCGCUUUGGCAACUUUACUCGGCACUCAAUGGGCCCCCUGUCUGCGGCUCCAGUUUGGAGUGGUAGAAAUUGCCACAUGGCGCAUCGACGUCCAUUCAUCGAGGCAGAGAGACAGAGAGGCAGAGAGGCAGAGCUCAGCCUCCGUCCAGUCCCUCUAAGCGGUUUCAAGGGUGGCCAGAAAUGCACUGAUCUCUAA